AUGUUCUGGAGGAAGCGUGAUCAUCACGAUGAGACUCCCGCAGACACGCCGCAGCAACCGAUAUCCCGCGAGAAGCUUCCUGCUCAUCUCCAGAAAAUAGUUGACCAGGAUGAUGGCUUCUACGAUGAUAUCUACCCCCCAUACUCCGUCGAUUCAACCGACACCCCCUACCGGUACGCCGGUUACGUCAACCGCAUUCGCACCAUCCUCCUCUCCGCCCACCGCUACGUCGCCUACACCUCCGACAUAGGCGAGUCCUUCCGCCCCGUCGCACACCCCUACCUCGUGCGCACCGCCUACGGCAUCUCCUGGACCUAUCUGCUCGGCGAUGUAGCCCACGAAGGCUACAAAGCCUACCUGCGCAACCGGCACGUCCUCGCCCCGCGCGGCGAGGCCUACAAGGACGCAAAGGACCUCUCGGCCAACGAGGUCGUCAUGGGCAUGGCAACAGGCGACAUGGGCAGUCCCAGCGCAGGUGCCGAGCUCGCCCCCUGGCCGACAACCCGCAUCCCCCUCAUCGAGGACUACCGCAUGGUAAUGGUCAAGCGGGCCGUAUUCCAGAGCAUCGCAAGCAUGGGGCUGCCGGCCUUUACGAUCCACUCGGUGGUCAAAUACUCCGGGCAAAUGAUGAAGAACAAUAAGAACGUGUUUAUGCGGACCUGGACGCCUAUCGGUCUCGGCCUAGCAGUCGUCCCCUUCCUCCCCUACAUCUUCGACGAACCCGUCGACGAAGCAGUGGAAUGGUCCUUCCGGACCGCCCUUCGCGCCUACGCCGGCGAGGACGCCACCCAAGCGGAGAAGAACUCAUCCACAGCGCUCGGAGCCGACGGGUCCGUCGCAGCAAGCGCGAAUCUCUCCUGGGAGGAAUACAAGGCCGAGCGGCAGAAGGCGAAGGAGGAGCGCAGGCGGGAGCGCGAGGCCAAGGGCCGGACGGGACCGCUCGCUUGGUUGGGAUUCGGGUCGGACUCGGACUCGAAGAGUAAAACCGAGUAA